GAGAAUACCACCAUAGAUGCAAUUAAAGACAAAGCUUCAAAAACAAUCCUCAGUUUGAAUGGAACUCGACCAUAGAACGAAUAUAAUUUUUACAUACAAUUUUCGUUUAAUUAAAACAUACUUCACGUUUUGCGAAUAGAUGAAAAGCGCAAAACCCUGUUAUAACCACGCUCUCGUUUCAGAGAGAUAAUUAUUAAGCGUGCAACUGAAUCGUUGGUCCACGUCAUGUGAAAAACUAACCCACCACCAAGACAAUUCUCCCUGAAUUCUAGCAUAAGUGUCACUAGGAAGAAUUAAUAGUCAAGGUUGAACGUGGGGAUGGAGCAUUACGAGGUGUCGCCAAUAAGUCAACGGAUCUUGUGGCUCAAUGGACAGCACAUGAAGCCUUCCGUGGGCGUGACGGCCCUAAGCAGGGCUCUCGGAUUCCUUUACGAUAGCCGGCAACCUCAGGUGGUAUGGCAGCCAGCGUGCAGCUCGACAGGCCUAAGGUGCAGAGAGUCAAGGGACACACGAGCAGCGUUCAUGUAGUCCAGAGUCCUGGAACGGUCUCAACGUCAGUGCAGAUGGGCACGUACCUCACAUUCUACGUGGAAAACUUCCACACCAUCAAGCAGUGUUGCCUGGUGUUGGAAGGGCUGUGGAAGCUACACAAGGAUAGCAAAGACUCGCCGCACGAAGGAGCUUACGACACGGGCAAGAUUUGGUUGACGCGGAUCAAUACAACCGACAUACAUGACUUGCAGCCUCAGCCCCAUGAUCCAAGCCAUCUGACAACAGACCUAUUCAAAACAGGACCGGGCGCUAGGACACAUAGAUUCAGCCCAGCCAAAUCCAAAAAUAAGUGUAGUAUCAACACCAGAAAAACACCAAGCUAUAAAAUCAAUCCGUCAAAACGAAAAUCUCACAGACGGGGUUCGUCCAAACUGUCGCCAGCGAGAGCGCAGCAAGCCGCGGACCAGCACCGCAGUUCCACCAAACUCAGGGGAGCAGCGGCAUCCAUGGUCUAUCGUGAGGCAGCUCAUCGCCAUGGCGUCCAAGAAGAAAUCUCCAAUUCUGCGUCACGCGCCAGCCAAGAAGGAAGCAGCGAUUACGAAACAGAGGAUGAAGAUGCCGACAAAUUUAUCGAUGAUCCUUUGGACUCGAGUCUUUAUUCCGACAAUUCCGACGCCCGUGAGAGCGUAAGGGAAAAACCACGGGUGAGAAAAGUAAAGCGCAACAGUCUAGGGUCUGGAUUCAAGCCAAUAUUAGGGCCAAAUUUUAACCUCAUCUGUAAUAAAAUGAAUGAAAAACGGGUUGCAUUAGCAGUGCAAUAUACCAACGAAGGCCACAAAUCUGGACACCGGCACUCGACCACGGCUAGUGGCUGCGAAGAGCCUGUAGACGCAAAGCCGAGCGCUAUGACAUUUCCCAAUGCGCUUUCGUCUCGAAAUUCAUCAGUUGAUCGAAACAAAAACGUUUCGGAGGAGAAAGAAAACAAAAUUAGAAUUUCCCACGGGCCUCCAAGGGAAAGUUUGAUCUCUACAGCUCCGAUGUUCAAUAAAACGGAAAUGGUGACCGAGAGGAGGAAGCUCGUCGAUUUGAGUUUUCACGAGUCCGCCGAAAAAUGGUCCGUCAGUAGCGAGUACGAGUCAGACAGCGACGACGGUGUAAUUAAGAAGCAGGAGGCAUUCAUCAACAUCGAUAUAACCGAACUACUUCACGAGUUGCCUCGUGUAUUCAAGAGGCCGCACACCAAAGCAACGUUAGAGGAUAAAUCAAAGGAGGAUGGGGACAAUUUAGCGAACAAAAUACAAACAUCUCAAGCUGCAGAUUUCAAACAAGAGCAUGAAGAAUAUCGGUGGUCAGGAAACUGUGAUAUGAAACAGGAUCGAUAUUACAACAGUAAAUCCGACAGCGACGUGCGCAGAUGUUCCCCGCGCACAGAGAUGCAAGACCACAACAUGAGGGAAGCUACGAGUGAUCCCGAGUUUAGAAAAUCUUUAACCCAUAAAAUUCUUCCCGACGAUCCCCCGGACAUGCAAAUUCCUGAACAACACUCGAGCCAAUAUCAGCCCAAGCCAUAUUCAAACUCAUCAAAGAUGAAUGGAGUUAAAUUUUCAACUAGUGAAAAUGGCGGAGACAGCACAACAGAAAAAAUACAGGAAGAAGAAAUUCGUCAUAACCAUUAUGGAAAUAACGGGAACGUUGAUCUCAGGAGUAAAGUUAGACACAACGAAAGAUUAACUUCUAGAAUCUCGAGCAAAUCUAAAAACAAAAUCAAUGGCAGUCUCUCCAAUCUCAUUCGUUCACCCCUGAAACUCUUCAAGAAUUUCGAAACGGACAGAAAAAAAGACACUUCGUACCAAAGCAAACAGCGUGAACAAGACAAUACGCCAACAUAUCACAGAGGUCCUACUCAAGCACAUGUGCCAUCCAAUGGUAAAUAUUGCCGCGUUGAAACUAAUAACGAUAUGAACACUGAACAGCGGCAGCCGAAAAGCUUCUCAGGGCUAGAAUCAAAAUUUUUACAAUCAGCACACCAAGGCACAUCUGUGCUGGACUCUCCACGAAGAAAUCUAAACAAUUCUUCUGACCACAUAGACACGAGUCCGCUCGCAAAUGCAAAAAGAACAAUGUCAGCUACAAGGCUCAAUAUAGGUAAUGAAAAUAUGGACAGCUUUUUUGCAGCUCAACGAAUCGUGGAUACGAGAGACCGAAGUGGGUCGCACACACACAAUAGAACUCAUUCCGCUUCAUCUAUAUUCAUCGACCAAGCUCGGUAUAAGAGCCCCCUUGAGGAUGUUGCUUUGAAGACGAGCUCACAAAAUCACAUUAACGAAGAAAAAGAUCAUACAACAACGACAGGUGAAUUAAUUGGAUCAACGGUCCAUGAUUCACCAAUAACUCGAGGGUCAAGGGAACAUCUAGCAACUCAUCAGUUUAAUAGAACAGAAAUAUUUUCACACGAGAGUAACGCAUCCCUCAGCAUGCCAAGAAGACAAUCAAUAAAAGAGGGGACAUCAGAACAGGAAUUGGUGGACCUCACAGAAGUGGCAGUUCCAGAGACGGCUUUGUUGGUGCUCAAGCUGGAGCCCAGCGUCCCCCACCAGGCGUGGCAGUUCAAGAGAGCUAUUCUCAAGGUGUACCACACAGACCAAGCAGUGGCAAGGGCUGCAGCUGCGCCGCGAGCGUCCUCUAGAGCAACAGAAAGCAAGCAAUCUAAGUCAGCCCUCAGGAGGAAAGAUCGCCUCUACCGCAAGCAAAGAUGAACCUUCAAAGCUCAUUUAAUUUAUUUGAAUAACACCUUAUGAUUGUGUAGAUAAUAGAAAAAAAUUACUUUUAAAGUUAACGGAUUUUGUACGCGAUUCCUAUGAGUGCCUUUGCAACAAGUCAUGUGAUAGUAAGAACAACGAAUGUCUGACAUCAAUAAAGAUUGAUUAUAGUGUGAAGAGAACGUA